UCGAGUUCUCAAAUAUUUAAAAACUUUCUUUUUACAUUAAUUUAAUUAUUUUUAUUUUUUACAUCAUUUUAGUAGAUAUUGCAGUGUCCUUCCAGCAUACCAUUAACCAUUAGCGUCCUGUCUCCAAACACCUACUUUGGUAAAAGUGGUUUAUGCAGUGUUUUGAGCCUCUACCAUGAGCUAGCGGACGUGGGUUCGAAUCCCGGCUCGGGUCGAAGCCUAUUCUAUUAUUUUCCUCUGUACUUUUACUUUCUCUAUACUUUUAACUUAGCCACAGUCUAGCUCCCUGCUUGUGCUUCUAUCACUUGCAGCGGCGUUCCCUAUCUGUGGAAAUAAAUCAGCUUGUGCUUUGCUAUGUUCUGUGGUCUUGAUAUGUGGCCAUUGUAACACGCAGCCAUGCUACAUUUUUAUUAAAACCGUAUUCAUUAUUAGUUUAAAGAAUAUUUUCUGCGACCUAAAUUUAUUAUUCUGAUACUUUUUGUUAAAAAAUUAUAAUUGAAAAUAAAAGCCUUGCAUUAUACGUUACUAUUUAAUAAACAAUAUUUUAAAAAUAUAAAUGUUAAAUUAAAAUAAAAAUAUAUUCUCAAAGUAAUAUAGUAAGUUAUAUUAUUUAAAAAUUUACAUCUCAGUACGUUAAUGCUUAAACUUAGAUAAGUUAAGAAAUAAUUUAAAUAUAAAAAUUUUAUUUAAAAAAAUAGAUAAAGGUCAUACUGUCAACUGGGAAAAGCUUGAAAGUUAUGGGAGAUAAAAGUUACCAAUUGAGAACUUUUAGGGGCAGUACGACUGCAGCGCCGUAAAACAUUUCUCAUAGUAUUCCAUAUUAUUCUACCCUUUGUAAGGGAACGCAGGAUAACAAGCUUCAGCUUGCCUCGGUUCGUCUUAUCAACUUUUUCCACCCUAAUCAAAUUCAAUCACGCGAAUGUAAAAUUACUCAAAUAUUAAGCUUGUAAUUAUUUGUUGUGAUUUAAAAAUUGUACAAAACUAAACUUAUUAAUGUAAAUAUUAUUUAUAAGUGUAUAUUGAACUUUUAAUAUAAAUUUAAAAAUUUUGUUUCUUCAAAAAAUUUUUUUUUUUGCAACCCACUAGUGAGCCUGAAAGAAGCGAUAUGACGCGUAGUUAAUCAAUACCAUAAAAUGUACACAGUGUCUUGCAAUAGUGAAUUUAUUUAAAAAAUAUAAACAGUUUAUUUUUAAAUUAAUAAUUUUUUUUUUUAUUUUCUUUUAAUUCUUAAGUUAUAUUGUGAUAUAUGUUUUAUUUUUCAUAGUUAAUAACAAAAUUUUACUUUUGUUAAAUAUUUUAAUAAUUAAAGAAUUUAAUUUUGUAUAAAAUACUGUUCAAUAAAAACCAAUAAAUUUCGGCAUGUUUAAAAUUUUUUAAAUUAUUUUAAAAUAAUAAAUAUUUUUGACGUUUAUGAUGAUUAAUAAAAAGUGAGUGAUAGUCAACAUGCCAAUGUGGCAAUCUGAUGUGAUAAUGAUUGAAUUUUUAAGGAAUCCAUAUAUGUUUACAAGAGAAAUGAUAUUGAUAUCACUUAUUUUUAUGAGUAUCAGUCACAACUUUUCUUCCUAAACUAUAAGCUCAUUAAGAAGAAAUAUGGCUGAAUUAAGAUCUCUGGACACUACUGAUUGUCCAGAGUGUUCAGGGCCUCCGCCGAUGUUCCGAUUACCGCCCCCACCUCGGCCACCCUUUCUCAAAGAGGGAACAUUUUGUUCAGAAGCACCAUUGGCCGAACUUGAGGAUUGUGGUAAUAUUCCCCUCAUUGAUGUAUCAUACCAUAACAUUCCUUCUCUUCAAAAUACAGCAUUGAUAGUAACAUGUGCCAUUGUUUUACUUCUAACAACAACUACUGUUUUCGUCGUAUUCUGGAAUUACAUGACAUUCAAAUUAUCACUAGAUCGUUAUAAGCCUCACGAUCUUCAGCAUGAACCGUUUCUUUUAAAUGACUUGAAAGAACCCACUCGUUUAAGGUUUUUGGCACGUCCUUGUUUUAACAUAUUUGGACUGUCACGCGUAUGGCAAUGCCUACCGACUUGCUGUCAAUUGUCAGCAGAAGGACCAGCAGCUAGUCUUAUCCACGCACCACUUAAAGAAACCAGCGAUUCAAGAAGAACCUUUGUCAACCAACAACCUCACCCUCAUCAGUAUCGUCAUUAUGCAGUUCAACAUAGCGAUACUUCAGCAAUACGCACAGGACAUUUGCACUCUGACUUAACUGCUAAUCAUGAACGAUUUCAUUAUAAUUGCCGAUCGGUUAAUAACAAUCCUCAUAUUAAUAAUGCAAGAGAAAAUACUUCACAAAUAAAAUCACCCGGUAUACCAUCAGCUAACAGCGAACAUGUAAUGAUGCUUUUAAGCGUUGCAGCACAAUUAACAAAUAAAAAACCACGAUUUCUGUAAAAAAAAAAAAAAAUUAUUAUUCAAAAAAUAUCAUACAAGGUAAAGUCACUGGUUUUAAACUAUCUAAUUUGAUAUACAUAAAUUAAUUAAUUAUAUUAAUAUAUUAAAUUAUACAGACAAAAUAAU